CGAGGCGGUGAGAAUGAUGGCGGCGGCGGCGGCGCGGGUCUUGUGGCGGGCUGGGCUGCGCCCGGGGAGGCGGAGACUGUGGCCGAAUAGCUGUCAGGGCACGGACUUCGGGCGGGAUGUGAGGAAACGCUCCGCUGUAAAUACUCCAUCUCCGUGCAGGGUGGAUUCUCCUCUGCCAGCUGGUGUUCCUAAGCUUAGUUAUCACUUUGCAUCAUCUCACAAGUACGUUCCCAGGCGAGCUGUGCUGUAUGUACCUGCAGAUGAUGAAAAGAAGAUACGAAAAAUCCCGUCACUAAAUGUAGAUUGUGCGGUGCUGGACUGUGAAGAUGGUGUGGCUCUGAACAGAAAGAGAGAAGCGAGACUGACCGUUGUCAAAACCCUUGAAGAGUUUGACUUUGGCCAUGCUGAAAAGUGUGUUAGGAUAAACUCUGUGUCCAGCGGUCUUGCAGAAGAAGAUCUAGAGGUGCUUUUGCAGUCCAAGACCCUUCCUUCAAGCAUGAUGCUGCCAAAGGUUGAAAAUGUCGAAGAAAUAAAAUGGUUUUCAGACAAAUUCUUACACCACCUAAAAGACCGGACACUUGUAGAACCAAUGAAUUUUAUCCCCUUUGUGGAAACUGCAGUGGGCUUGCUCAAUUUUAAGGCUGUCUGUGAAGAAGCACUGAGAACAGGAUCCCAGGUUGGCUUUCAUUUGGACGCAGUCGUCUUUGGAGGAGAGGAUUUCCGUGCCAGCAUAGGUGCAACAAGCAGUAAGGAAGCUCACGAUAUUCUAUAUGCCAGGCAAAAAAUAAUAGUCACAGCAAAGGCAUUUGGCCUUCAAGCAAUAGACCUUGUUUACAUCGAUUUCCGAGAUGAAGAUGGGCUCCGCAGGCAAUCAAGGGAAGGUGCCUCAAUGGGAUUCACUGGUAAGCAGGUGAUUCACCCCAACCAAAUUGCUGUUGUCCAGGAACAGUUCUCUCCGAGCCCUGAAAAAAUAAAGUGGGCGCAAGAACUGAUUUCUGCUUUUGAAGAACAUCAGCGAUUAGGCAAGUUGCAGCCAAGCCCGGGCUAGUUAAGAAGCAAAGUCCCGAUGUCAGAACGGGGAGCGCAGAUGAGCGGGAUCGGUUCGCGUGUGCUUGUGUGGCAUUCCAGUGGGAAACAAAUCUCUUCGGUAGUGAAGUUCAGAUAUAUAAGACUGUGCGUAGCGUCUCACUUUCUCCGGUGCCGUAUAAAGGUUUUCUGUACAUUUCUUCACUUUCUGGUGGGUAGAAAUAGAUUGGGGUGUGUGCCUCCCCCGUUCCCCUGCAUUUCUGAUACUGCAGAUGUUGGGCGUUAGAAAUGCUAAAAUGGUCAAAGCAGAAAUGAUGCUUUCAUCUCAGGGUAAAAGUGUGACAAGGUAUUUGCUGUUGCUCUGCCCUUCUCUUUGCUAGGCUAUCGCAUCCCCUCUGUGGUACCUGGGCGCUUCCAGUACGUCCAAGACUACGAUAUUUGGGUGCUGUCCUGAGCAGUUAUUUCAGAGUCACUAUUAGGAUGCUGUAUGCCUGUAUCUCUUUCUUCUGUUCCCUCGAUUUUGAAAUGUAGAUGUCUUCAUGCAAACAGUUUAGAAAUAGAAAAUGUACUACUGGUUUUGCCCAUUACUCUGAUUUACAAAGCUUGGCUCCCUUACAAAAGGCACCGUUAUAAACAAAGUGCUGGCGCAAAUGUGUAGGCAGGUAGAUGCAGAAAGAAAAAAGUCAAACGCCAUAGCCAAAUAUUGUUUAUGUUUAUGAUGUGUAUAAUACUAUUCAUUCAUCUGAAUUUAGUGUCAGAAACUCGUCUAAGGAAUACCCCUGUCAUAUGAACAAUCAAUGAGGAGACUGGACUGAAUUUAACUCUAGUCCCAGUAUCACACAGUCAUGAAGCCAAAUGUGUUUAAUAUUGAAGAAUUCCAUAUUAGGCAAGCGUUAGUCCUUGGAUUUGUUUUGAAGCUGUUCUUUUACUGACACAAUGCUGGUUUCUUGCUAAGAUCAGCCAUUCGGGGGAGGGGGGGUUUGGAUUUGGGGUUUUGUUGGUUAUUUUUAAUAAAUGCUUUUAAAAUAGGUUAUAAGCUUCUAUAAUCGGCUGCAAGAACAGAUUUGCUGAGGGUUUGUGGUUUGGGCUAUUUUUUUAACCAACCAGGUUGCAUGCUUCAUAUAUUUUUGCAUGUAGCCAUCUAUCAAUAAAAAAGGACUGGCAGGUUAAUAUGUGAACUUCUAGAUCUUAUAUCACCGCCGUAUUGCCGGGCUUCAUAACAAAAUGGGAAAAAUAGUUUUCCAUGUAGCGCUCCAAACUUCUUAACCGAGUUUGCAAUUUGGUACUAUAAAUGUGUCAGUAAGAAGAGCUUGGACAGUCUGAUUACUUAAUUUUUUUU